AUGAGUGAACAACGUCGAGUAGAUGCAGGGAGUGAUUCGGAGCUAAACGAAACUGUCGUUGAGGCACUGGGCACCCCUGCGCCACUUCAGCCACAGGGAACUACCAACCACAUGGCCGCUCUUGUAGCGUCAAUCACAGCUUUGCGCGAAUCGAUAAACGAGCUUCGCAACGAAACAAGUACUCAACGAGCCGACAUUCAACAACUACGUGAACGAGUUGAAACGGAUUACGUGGGGAAUAGCCAACGUCCACGGAUUCCCUACCAGUCAACCAACAGCCAAGAAGCGAUUGUGUCCGGCCAGCAUCAGCACUCGCCGUCAUCGAUGGUGACGCCGCCAGCGCCGACGACGUUGGUUCCGCCCAACCAACCGCCGGUUUUUAUGGAAAAUGCUGCUACAAGACUACAACCUUUGCCUAUAUUUGAAGGAAACGCAGAAGACUGGCCACUAUUCAUCGCGUGUUACCGGGACACAACCGCAGAGUUUGGCUACAGCAAUAGGCAGAACCUUAUACGCCUGCAAAGAGCGCUUAAGGGUGAUGCAAAACAAGCAGUCACCUCGCUACUUAUCUAUCCCGAAAACGUUCCCAGUAUAUUAAAGGAACUUGAGUUCAACUUUGGGCGGCCAGACUUGUUGGUGCGUGCACAGUUGCAAAGGGUACAACAGUUUCAAAACAUCCCCGAGAGCCGUUUAGACCAGAUUUUGGAUUUGUCAGCGCGAGUACGCAACGUAGUUGCGUUUCUUAAAUCGGCAAGAUGUGAACAUCACUUGAUGAACCCUACGCUGUUGGAUCAGUUGGUCACCAAGCUACCGCCAUCCAAGCAGUAUGAGUGGGGUAAGCGUGUCGCUGAAAUUGGAUCAUAUCCAACCGUAGAAAACUUUUCCGAGUGGCUAAGCGAAUUAGCCACAGUAAUAUCUCUAAUGCCAAGAGUAGCUGACAGAGCCUAUCCGCUUGCGCAUACGCGUCAAGCAAACCAGCCAGUCACAGGUAGCCGACAAGCAGCAAUAGCAGGGGGUGGUACUCGCCGACUGCUUCACAGCAGCGAGAUUCAUGAUGAACGCCGCCAGCCGAAACGGUGCCCUCAAUGCAGUCAAGCACACACGUUGACGGGUUGUCGUCAAUUCGCUUCGCGCAACGUUAGCGACAGAUGGACGGUAGUUAAGCGCCAUCAACUUUGCUUCGGUUGUCUUGAUAGUGGACACAAUUUAUUAACUUGUCAACGCAGAACCGAGUGUGGUAUCAACGGUUGUCAACGAAAACACAACAAGUUAUUGCAUGCUACGAAUGAAACUACAACCAAUCAAGUAGAGCAUGUCUACAACUGCCGACAGGAAAACCAGUCUACAUUAUUUAAGUUCCUACCUGUAACCGUGUGUGGCCCACGAGGGAUGCUGGAAACUUACGCAAUGCUGGAUGAAGGUUCGUCGAUUUCGCUGAUAAGCGAGAAAGUCGCUACAAGCCUGGGUCUGCAAGGCCAAUCGUCGUUACUGUCGUUGCAGUGGUACGGCAGAAACAAGUCAACAGAAAGAUCGCGCAAGGUCUCAUUUGAAAUAAGAGGACCAGACUCAAACAUUGCAAUUAAAAAUGUUAGAACCAUACGUAACUUAAAUUUGCCAACUCAAUCUUUCGAGAAAGAAAAUUUUAGUCAUUUGAGUAACUUAGCGGUACCAAACUAUACAAAUGUAAAGCCAGAGCUACUUCUCGGGUUGGAUAAUUCGUUCCUCAGCAUCUCGAGAGAGGUCAUCGACAAUGGACCCAGCCAACCAAUCGCCGCCAAAACCAAGUUGGGUUGGGUGGUUUACGGUCCAACGCAGAGCGGCGCGAACGUACAAGCACGAGUAAUGGUACUUAAGGAAACGAAUUCGUUGAAGCAACUACAUAAGAUUGUGGAAGAGUACAUUGCCGCUGACACAGUAGCCGUCAAAUCACCGGUCAACGCCAUUCUGGAGUCAGACGACGAUAGCCGCGCAAAGAAGAUUUUACAGGAAACAACGAAAUGCAUCGGAAGCCGCUACGAGGUCGGCCUGCUAUGGCGCAAAGGCGAUAUCGAGUUCCCAGACAGUUAUAGCAUGGCAAAGAAGCGCUUGUUAAACAUUGAAGCAAGGAUGAGAAAAGAUAACAAGUUCGCCGCGAACUACAUCACAGAAAUCAAUAAAUAUGUCAACAAGGGUUAUGCAAGGCAGAUGUCGGUGGAGGAAGCUGAUACUGUAAAGCCGGCAACAUGGUACCUACCACAUUUCGGUGUAGUGAAUGCUCACAAACCGGAGAAGCUACGCGUCGUGUUUGAUGCAGCCGCAACCACACUUAGCACGUCACUCAACAGUGCCUUGCUCAAGGGACCUGAGAAGGUGCAAUCCUUAUUAACAAUACUCUUCAAAUUCCGGCAAGGAGUCAUCGCCGUCGCUGGAGACAUCGAAGAGAUGUUCUCCCAAGUACGAAUCCGAACUGAAGACCAAGACGCGCAACGAUUUUUGUGGCGCGAUGGUGAUCCCAGUAAGCCAAUUCGGGUAUAUACCAUGACCUCCAUGAUAUUCGGUGCAGCCUGCUCUCCGUGUUGUGCGGAGUACGUAAAAAACAUUAAUGCCGUCAAAUUCAGUUCCCAAAUGCCAAAGGGAGUUGAUGCCGUUGUAAACAAGACGUACGUCGACGAUCUUGUGAUUAGCUUUACAAAUGCCAAAGAAGCUGAACAGACGAUAAAAGAGGCCGUACAAAUUAACGCAGCAGCCGGAUUUAAACUCCGAAAGUUCGUGUCAAACUGUAAAACGCUAGAAGCAAGCUUGAAUGAUAAGGAAAAUCUGCCGUCAACCAUUGUUAAAUUGCAGCGAGAAGAAGGCGUCGACAAAAUACUUGGCAUGUUCUGGAACACAAUAACGGACAAAUUCGAGUUCCACUUUAAGUUUUUUAAAAUAGCUCGUGACAUCUUGCAAGGCAAACGACCGCCUACAAAGAGGGAACUUCUGGGAAUCGUAAUGUCAAUUUACGAUCCUUUUGGUUUGCUUACGAACGUCACCAUUUCGGCCAAGCUACUACUGCAGUCAUUAUGGAAGGAGAACAUUAUGUGGGACGAAGAAUUACCACCGCAUUUGGCUAUGCAAUGGAUAACCUGGUGGUCGAAAUUCCAGUCGGUCAAGUCAUUGUCGAUUCAUCGCUGUUAUUCAAGCUUUAUACCAAAUGCGGACGAUAUUCAACUACAUAUCUUCGUGGAUGCCAGCACGAGCGCAUAUGCCUCAGCAGCGUACCUAAGGGUACAAAAGGGCGACACGGUAGAAGUAGCAUUAGUUUGUGCCAAAGCAGCAUGCGCACCGCUAAAGACAACGACAGUUCCCCGCCUGGAACUGCAGGCAGCCGUCAUGGGAUGCCGAAUCAAAAGUCUCAUCGAAGAAAGCCUCGACAUCACAAUCAACAAAACCCUACUCUGGAGCGACUCACAAACAGUUAUUUUGUGGAUACGUUCGCAUACAAGGGCGUAUAAGCCGUACGUCGCCCAUAGAAUUGCCGAGAUCCUUACCACGACUACGAUAGAUCAGUGGCGUUGGUUGCCUACUGCCAUGAAUGUGGCAGACGACGCAACACGCGCUCAGCCGAGUCUCGAGUUUUCACAGCACACACGCUGGUUUAAAGGACCAGAUUUUCUACAACAAGCCGAGGAAUGUUGGCCACGAGAAACCACCCUAACGCCAGACGAACGUGCCAACAAAGAAGAAACCAGCCGAUGUUUGCUUGCCUGCAACACAGAUGAUAGUGGAUUGUUGCGGGUGUAUGGGAGAAUAGACGCUGCAUAUUGCUUACCACUCGCCGCCCGCCGUCCGAUUAUCCUGCCAGGAAGCCAUUAUGUCGCUGGACUAGUUGUAGCGGACCACCAUCGAGAGCGACACCAUCAAAACGACAACUUGGUAAUGAACGAGAUUCGCCAACGUUAUUGGGUAACGGCCAUACGCGGUACACUGAAGAACGUUAAGAGGCAUUGCCCAGUUUGUAUACAUGAGAGAGCUAAACCAGCCGACCCAUUAAUGGGUCAAUUGCCAAAAGAUCGACUUACACCUUAUGUUCGACCAUUUUCCUACUGCGGAGUGGACUAUUGUGGCCCAUUUAACGUCGCUAUCGGUCGCAGAAGGGAAAAACGGUGGAUUGCGCUGUUCACCUGCCUGACAACCAGAGCAGUUCAUCUUGAGUUGGCGGAAAACCUCUCAACCGAUGCGUUUAUACUGUGCCUUCGCAACUUUGUUAAUCGGCGGGGCGUACCCAUACGUAUCCGUAGCGAUAAUGGUACGAAUUUUGUUGGCGCCCAAAAGGAGAUAAACCAGAGUGAAAGAUUAUUCGAUUUCGACGCUAUCGAACGCGAAAUGUCCAGGCGCAAGAUUGAAUGG